UAGUCAUUACAUGGAACCCAUAUAUAUUGCUUUCAAUUCUAACUGACCAAUUCUACGCCUUGACUGAACUCACAUCUCUUUAACACUGCACAAUCUCCUCUCAUCACCACCGAUUUUCUCUUCCUAUUUUUACCUCUUUCCUUUUCUGUGUCCUCUUUUUUCGUUUCUCAUUCUAUUAUCCUUUAGCUAAUAAUACCAAAAAAUAUGCAAAUGAUCAAGCCAUUAUUAUUAGAGGGGAGAAAAGGGGGAAAUCAAAUUAUGUCAAUUCUUCAAGAUGAUCAACUUGACCAAUUACGAAACAUAUUUUCAAGAUUUGACAUGGACGAUGAUGGUAGUCUCACACAUUUAGAACUAGCUGCACUAUUACGUUCGUUGGGUAUAAAACCAUCUGGGGAUCAAAUUCAUGUUCUUUUAGACAACAUGGAUUCUAAUGGAAAUGGAGCUGUGGAAUUUGAUGAACUUGUCAAUGCAAUUAUGCCUGAUUUAAUUAAUGGAGAAAUAUUGGAAAAUCAGGGACAGCUUUUGGAAGUUUUUCGAUCGUUUGAUCGAGAUGGCAAUGGUUAUAUUACGUUAGCGGAGCUAGCUGGAUCAAUGGCUAAAAUGGGACAGCCGUUAACGUAUCGUGAACUAACAGAGAUGAUUAAAGAGGCUGAUGUUGAUGGAGAUGGUGUUAUUAGUUUUAAUGAGUUUGCAACUGUUAUGGCUAGGUCUGCUGCUGAAUUUCUUGGCAUCCCUAUUUCAUAACAAUGGCGAUGCUUUGAUGGUUUGGUAUUUGUAUCAAUCAGCUAACUGUACAAAAUCUCAUAAUUUUCUUGGUAUCAAUGUGCUGAUGAUCAUCUUAA